CAGAUUAUAUUGCGCUCUAUAAAUUAUAAAUCCACUCGCGGUUUUGAAGACAUCAGCAACAUUAAGGACACCUUUGCAAAACUUUUUUUUAUGUUGUUGGAAACGCAUCUCUGGGAUUAGAGUGCUCUUCUUUUUAUCAUUCCACAACAGGUUAAGCAGAGAACAGAGAAAGUUGUCAUCAUGGCAAUAAUGAUACUGCCAUUCAUCGGAGCACUCUCAGUGUCUGAGGGUUUGAUAGCCUUGGUGACGGUGUGCUUCGUCUACCUGACGCUUAAGCAUUUCCACAGAGAGAUCCCUGAAGGGCUUUGUCAACUCCCCGGCCCGAGCUCGCUUCCCAUCAUUGGGAAUUUGCUAGAGCUGGGCAACAAGCCUUACCUAAGUCUUACUGAAAUGAGCAAGCGUUAUGGGGAUGUGUUCCAGAUUCAGCUAGGCAUGCGUCCAGUUGUCAUUCUGAGUGGCUAUAAAACAGUUAAACAAGCUCUCACCAAACAGGGCGAUGACUUCGCCGGUAGGCCAGACCUGUACAGCUUCAGCUUCAUCAAUGAUGGCAAGAGUCUGGCCUUCAGCACAGACAAAGCUGGUGUUUGGCGGGCUCGCAGAAAGCUUGCCUACAAUGCACUGCGUUCUUUUUCUUCACUGGAGGGAAAGCUCCCAGAGUACUCCUGUUUGCUGGAGGAGCACAUCUGCAAAGAGGCUGAUUACCUGAUCAAAGAACUCCAAAAUGUCAUGACAACUGAAGGCAAAUUUGACCCUUUCCGCUACAUAGUUGUUUCUGUUGCCAAUGUGAUCUGUGGGAUGUGCUUUGGCCGACGUUAUAACCACCAUGACCAGGAGCUGGUGGGCUUGGUAAACCUCGCCGAGGAUUUUGUCACGGUGGCUGGCAGUGGCAACCCAGCAGACUUCAUCCCUGCUCUGCAGUAUCUGCCCAACAAAUCAAUGAAGAAGUUUGUAAACAUCAACAACCGCUUCAACAACUUUGUUCAAAAGAUCGUCAAUGAGCACUAUGCCACCUUUGACAAGGAUAACAUUCGUGACAUCACAGACUCCUUAAUAGAUCACUGCGAGGACCGGAAGCUUGAUGAGAAUUCCAACAUCCAGAUGUCAGAUGAGAAAGUUGUCAGCAUAGUCAAUGACCUCUUUGGAGCUGGUUUUGACACCAUAUCUACUGCUCUGUCAUGGGCAGUGAUGUACCUUGUGGCUUAUCCAGAGGUUGAGAAGCAGCUUUUUGAAGAAAUCAAGGAGAAAAUUGGUCUGGAUCGUUCACCUGUUCUCUCUGAUAGAAACAACUUGCCUUUACUGGAGUCUUUCAUCCUGGAGCUCUUUCGUCAUUCUUCAUAUCUGCCUUUCACAAUCCCACACUGCUCUACAAAAGAUACAUCUCUGAAUGGCUACUUCAUUCCCAAAGAUACUUGUGUUUUCAUCAACCAGUGGCAGAUAAACCACGACGAAGAGCUCUGGAAAGACCCAUCUUUGUUCAUCCCAAACCGCUUCCUCAAUGCUGACGGCACAGAGGUGAACAAGUCAGAGGGAGAGAAGGUGCUUGUUUUUGGCUUGGGAAAGCGGCGUUGCAUUGGCGAGGUUAUUGCACGAAAUGAGGUCUUCCUCUUCCUGGCAAUUAUCAUUCAGAAGCUGCACUUUUACAAAUUACCUGGGGAGCCCCUGGACAUGACCCCAGAGUAUGGCCUCACAAUGAAGCACAAACGCCAUUACCUGGGAGUUGCAAUGAGACCUAAGGAUGAGCAGUGAAACUAUGCAUUAUUUAGAAUGUAACAUUCUAAAGGUGCUCUAUAUUGAUUGUGACACUAUAGAUGAAGAGUUACAUUAAGUGUGAGCGAAAGAAGUAUCUUUCUAAGAAAGUAGGGCACUGGGUGGCCUUUAUCUAUAGAGCUAACGGCAUUGAGGCAAGUAAACGAAAUUUGCUUGAUGCAGAUUAUAAGAGAUGUCUACAUUUGGGUCAAUUACUUUGUAGUUUGAGACUAUGCAAAGCAUUAUGUCUACACAUUGCCUCUGCAUCUAAAUGAAGAACAAGUAAAAGCAUGUUUUUUUUGUUUUUUUUGUUUUGCUGUGUUGUCCUGUAAUCUAAAAGCAACCCAUGUAGAAGUGAUCAACCAUACAAUAAGAGUUGUUCGUCUUUUGGAUGGAGAGUAAACUUUAUAGGGCAUUACUAUGAAGGGCACUGUAAUCAAUACUUUGUAACAGACGUCUCUGAAGCAAACAGAUAUUACAGUAUGAUACCGUUCACAUUUGUAAGCUUAUUAUUUUAAUUUCAGUGUACUGUAAAUGCCAACCCUGAAGCUAUAUUUCUAUCCCUAAAUGUGAUUAUGUGUAUGUGUGUCUGUAUUUUUUAUAGGUCAUUUUUUUUAUGAUCCAAACAUUUGUUUAUGUUUGAGGUGAACCACUUAUUUGUGCCAAAAAUGAUUAAUCAGGGCAGUUCAAAUGAUUCUGGAAAAAUAUCAUAUUGCUGUACAAUUUUAUAUUUCUUGUAUGUCAUUUAUUGUAUAAAAAUGUAAGGUUUUGAAUUAUUCUAUGCACAGAAAUAAAAUAAAAUGCUGUACAGAUAA